AUGGAGGAAACAAAGUUAUGCCCAUUUUGGGUUAGCAGAGUAAGCGGUUUAGCUACCGAGUCGCCGUCAGCCCUGACCCUAUCCGAUCUGCUACAUUGUAAUAUUGAGGAUCCAAGUGAGGUGUGGACGCAUGUUGUGUUGGCAAAUUACUUGAUUGAUUUGGAGUGGGUCUUCGAUAUGGCUACUUGCCUGCAACUCUCAAAUUGUCAUGUUAUGAUCGUUUCCGGUGAAGAGGGGUUAGCUGAGAGAUAUGCGGCGUCGCCUCUCGCUGGGUUACUCGGUAAGGAAAGAGUAGAAAUAAUUAAACCAAAACUUCCGUUACCAUUCGGAGUUCAUCAUGGAAAAUUGAUAUUGUGCGUAAAUUCGAAAGGCGUAAGAAUAUCGGUGCUUACCGCAAAUUUUAUCGAGAGUGACUGGGGUAAAAAAACUCAAGGGAUAUACGUACAGGACUUUCCUCGUUUGGUUACAUCAUCUGCGAGUAGUAACUCGAUGGGAUCGUUGCAGGCCCUACGCAGAUGCCGGGGAACAAGAUUCAAAGAGGAAAUAAAGCGGUACCUCAGCUGUAUCGGUGCUAUUUCUUCCACAACUGGGACGAAUUGCAUUCCACUAUCUUUGCUAGAUGAAGUUGAUUACAGCGGUGCGUGUGUGGAACUUGUUUCUUCUGUUCCGGGAUGCCAUCGCAACUCGGACGCCUAUCGUUUCGGAAUGGGCAGACUGCAGGAGGUCCUACGCGCCAUGCAAAUAAGCUCGCCGUCUGGUGAAAAUUCUCCCACACUUGUAUGGCAGUUUAGCUCCCAAGGGACGCUAACUAGCAAUUUCCUAAGGUCUUUGGAGCGUGUUAUGACUAUCAGCACCGAUAAUACACCACUUCCAGAUACGAAAUCUCCAACGGUCCGGAUCAUUUAUCCAACAGAAGCUGAAGUGAAGGGUUCGUUUGAGGGGUGGCAUGGGGGACUAUCGCUACCUGUUAGGCUGCGUUGCUGCCAUCCCUACGUUAAUGAAAGGCUGUAUCGUUGGGGUCAGCGUCCGUACGCUGAGGGUGCUGACCGAGGGAGAAAUAGGGCGAUGCCCCAUAUAAAAACUUACAUGCGCUUGACAGAAAAUGGUGACGGACUGAAGUGGUUCAUGCUAACGAGUGCUAAUCUGUCGCGGGCCGCUUGGGGGGAAUGGCAAAAAGGCGGAACCCAGAUCUUGAUACGGUCCUAUGAACUUGGGGUAGUGUAUGGUACCGAUUCGUUUAUUAACCCUGCGGAUGGCGGACUAUUCAGCGCGACACCUUCAAAACCGAUACCGGUUCCGUCAUCCAUUGGUGGCGACGGUCUAGUGAGAGUGAAGAUAAAAACUCUACCAUCUGAAUCAGAUCGGGACGAACCAACACUCUUCUUGCCUUACAAUCCCCUUAAUCCUCAACCUUACGUAAGCACACUUCAGAUGCAGCAAAGAGAGCAUAGACACACCGGCCAUAGCUGUGUUUCCCAACUCAGCAGCCUUGAUGUGCCCUGGCUAGUCGAUCUACCUCAUCGUGGGAAGGACUGCUUGGGUAAGGAAUUUCGUGAUGUGUUGGAAGGUAGCAACCGCCGCGGGGAAGAGCCUGACCCGUUGAGGUCUGGAGGGUGUUGUGUUGGUGCGUUGGGGGAGAAACGAACCAACAGGGAUGCGUGA